AUGCAAAAUAUUCUCCUGAGCAGUUUUUUUGUAUUGCUUCACACGUAUCUACACAUCACUGGCGGCUCAGCAUCGCCGACAUCUAAGGAUAAAAGCAAGUUGGGAUUGAGUAUUAAUGAUUUCGUUUGUAACGGAGACUACGUCAGUAGUUCAAAAGUGAAGCAAAGUAUCGAUACAGCUUGGAAAGCUCUAUUCACCACCCAACCAAAUGAUGUUUAUGUAAAUCAUGUAGAAGAUACUCGGAUAUUCGGUAGCACAUCGAAAACGCUGUUCUCCGGACCUGUUUCUAUCCAUAGUGAUUCUGGUAUACCAGAUGAAGGUUACAAAACCAUUAUCCGGGUCGUCUUUGACUUUCGAAGAAACUUGGUCGGCAUCAUAACAAUCCACAAAAAUGGAGUGCGCCACUGCCGUGAAAUUUUAGGCCUGUCAAACUCAGCCCCAUUCGACGUCAAUUUACAUGAUAUUAUGGGAUAUAAAUGCGCCAAUCAGGUCUUUGAUUUUCAAUACAUUGCAUCUUCGUAUACUGCAGCUUGCAGUGAACUAUUGAGUGGAACUGGACUACCAGGCGAAUACCCAAAAAUCAAAGACGGACCUGGCUUUCCCUACAAUAAACUCUAUGCGUGGCCUCUGUUGCCAGAUAGCAAACUAUAUAAUCAUGGUGAUGCCACUUACAACAAAUUUAUCGUCUUUAGUGACGGCAUUGAGACUCUAAGUGUUUACUAUACCGAUAACUAUCGUGAACACGUUUGUCCUGCUAUAUGGACGAACAAAACGCCAGUCCUUUCCACUCCAGAUUUUUUGAUGAAGCACUACAGAGCUCCUAUUACCUCUGACAGUUUAAUACACUGUCAUGGUAAAAGCUUUGAGCCCCACUACAUUGUUGAUAACAUACAAUUUGCCAAAUAUGCUCAUCAGUUUCUUAGCGAGCACAAAUUAGACUUCAUAUUUCCAGCACCUAUCGGCGACAAAUCUACAUCACCAGGACUAAGUAAUUGGUUAUGGCCGCUUCGUCUUCAAGAGGAUUUCCAUCAAGCGCGCCAACACAGUAUCGAAUACUUUUUACUCCUGAGCGGGUCCUUCGAAUUUCUUGGCGUCUUCUCUUUCGAGCACGAAAAUUAUUCAAAGUGUUUUUCUGAAGCCUCAGACAACUUUUCCCAUGAUAUGCCUCAUAAUUAUUUGCCGCUAUGA